UUUCGGAUCAAGUUCAUUUCGGCUUCACGUCCCGGGUUUUUGCGGUCACCAUGAACUACGCAAAGAAAAAGAAGCCAGAUCGUCCAUGUCCGAACCCUUUAUUUCUACAGUGGUUGACCGAAUGGCGGGACGAGUCGGCGAAGACAGGGUCAAAUAGGCAAUUUACUUAUGCAAAGGCAAUUAAUUCAUUAAAGAAAUAUCCAGUUCCACUGACAAGUGGUAAAGAAGCCAAGAUAUUAGAGGGGUUUGGAGAUAAAAUUUGCAAGAUGCUAGACAAAAAACUCCUUGACAAUGGCAUUAUCCCUGGAUCUCCAAUAUUGGGAAAGCCCAUCAGCAGAGUUAUGCCUAGCACAACUGUAGAUUUAUGUGACAAACCCUCCAUAGCAGGAAGUUCAGACACAUCACAGACAGUGGGAAAAACAAAUCCAAUAUCACAAACCUCCCAGCAGAGAAAAACAAGAGUUGUUGCUGGGCAGAGUAAAGCUAAACGAGAGUAUAUUCCUGCAUAUAGAUCUGGGCCAUAUGCAUUGGUAUUGGCAUUGUAUAGAGAUCUAAAGAAAGAAAACAGCUUAGGAUAUAUGACUAAAGGAGAACUUGUGAGGGAAGCACAGACUCUAUGUGAGAAGUCAUUUAGUGUGCCAGACCCUGGUGCACGUUACACAGCUUGGUCUUCAAUGGGCACACUAAUUAAAAAAGGACUCAUUGUAAAAGAAAGCAACCCGGCUAAAUACAGUCUUAGUGAUUCUGGUUGCGAGUUAGCAAACAAGCUAGAAUCAAGCUUACCCACUGAUACAGCUAGUGGUACUAGGCCUACAUCAUUUACUGUCACAUCACAGCCUAGCACCAGUACAGGUAUAACACUCAGGUUGAGUUCUGAUGAAGAAGACCCUGACCAAAAUGAUAAUAUUGAUUCCUUAACUGUAUCCACUGCUAGUAAUAGUUUAAAGUCACUAAGAACAGAUUCAACAAUGCCAAUAUCUAGUCAUACCAAUCCAAGCCAAUCAAAUUCAGCGUACACUUACUCACAGAGUAGUGUUGAUUCUAUAUCUAACAUAGAUGACAGUUCACAGGGUAGUAUCUCCACAUCAUCUUCCGUUGAUGCCAGACCACAGUUUGUUCUUCAACAAGGAACAUAUGAUGUUAUUCUAUGUGUGGAUAACUGUGAAACUGCAGGGGGUUCUUCUGGGAGCAGGAAGGCUAAUCUGCUUCCUGAAUUGAAAAAGAAUGGCAUAGAUUGUGAUGUGAGGAAACUGCAAGUAGGAGACUUCUUGUGGAUUGCUAAAGAACGAAUCAGACACAUGCCAGGUUGCCUGGAGAUACCCAUUGCUAAGGAGAUUGUCCUUGACUACAUUGUAGAGAGAAAGAGAAUGGAUGACUUGGCUAGCAGUAUAACAGAUGGACGAUUUAAAGAACAAAAGUUUCGUCUGAAGAAUUGUGGGCUUAGAAAACCUAUCUAUUUGGUGGAAGACUUCGGGUCUGGGCAGCAUCUUAGUGUUCCAGAGACAACUUUACAACAAGCAGUUGUAAAUACACAGGUGAUAGAUGGGUUUUAUGUGAAACGGACAGGUGAGCUGAAACAGUCUGUAGCAUACCUGACUGUCAUGACAAGAUAUUUACAGAGUGAAUAUGCAAGGAAAACACUGACAGCUUAUAGCAAAGAUUAUCUAGACAGCUUGGACAGUAGACCUGAUGUACAUUGCAGUCAUCAACAAAUGAUGAUGUCAUUUUCAGAGUUUGACCAGAUGACAAUUAAAAACAAGGCAAUGACUGUGACAGAGAUGUUUGCAAAGCAGUUAAUGCAGAUAAGUGGACUGUCGGCUGAGAAAGCAAAGUCAAUACUAGAAAAAUACAGAACUCCACAAGGGUUGUUGGCUGCAUAUGGUGGCAUACCUGAAAACUCUGGAAAGGAAAAGCUUUUGGCCAAUUUGAAAUAUGGUAAAUCCCAGAGAAAUCUUGGUCCAAGUGUAAGCCGAAUGGUUUAUCAGCUUUACAACACAACAGGUCCACUUCAAUAA